AUUAGAAUAAGAAAGCCUUAUUCAGGUUCAUUUUCUUAGUUUUUUUCCCCAGAUCAACUGAAAACUGCUGGCUGCUUUUGGAUUAUUGUUUUUGCAAUGAAGAUUACAGACAGUAACGUGAUUCGAUUUCACCUCCAAGUUCUUUACGGGAUUUCUGUAAAGAACUUUGCGAAAAAGAAAGGGAAACUGGUCUACACUGGAGCUAAGGUGUUUGGGGUCCCKCUGGAAAAUUUGCCCAGACGAUACAUUCCUGAAUUYGGUCUUGUACCCUGCUUUUUAGUGGAUGGUUGCUCUCUUCUGUUGGACCGUGUUGGUACUGUGGGCCUGUUCAGAAAACCAGGCUCCCUUCCUCGYGUUAAGAUCCUCAGAGAGAAAUUGAAUCGUGGGGAUGAUGCACURUCCACUGCUUCCCCCUAUGAUAUCGCUACCCUCGUCAAACAGUUUUGCAGGGAGCUUCCUGAGCUGCUGUUCCCUUCUGAGCUUCAUGUAGCCCUGCUGAAAGCGCAGGGCCUCCCCAACCUGCAGGACAAGAUGGCCGCCCUUCAGUUACUCUCCUGUUUGCUUCCAGCCAAAAACUCAUCCUGCCUGCAGUAUCUGUUUGACUUCCUUCACAAAGUUUCUCAGAGAUGCUCUGACAACUUGAUGACCAUCUCCAAUCUGGCUACAGUCUUUGUCCCAUGCCUCUUACCGCCGCCAAACAAAAGCGAAAUGUCAGAAGAACGACUUGAACUUCGAGUUCUUGUCCUGCGCUCUUUCAUAGAGUUUCCUAAUGUUUUUGGAGUGAUUCCUAAAACUCUUAUGGACAGCAUGAAAUAUUUUGUGAACUUUGCUCAUCUGGAGGAUGUGUUCAAGAAAAGAAACCAAAAGAUACGCAGCUUAAAGGUAAAACGAUCUGAGAAGACCAUGCUCUGGAUUCAGAGUAAGCCAAAGAUCAGGCCUGCAGUUUCUGAUCCGACUCUUGUCUGCAUAACGAGAGGCGACUCAAAGCUGAGGAGAAGCAUCGGUCUGGAAACCUUUCCCAACAUCCGGCUGUUCAGGACCUGCAUGCCUAGUGAAGAUCWAAGUUUCAGAUCUGCAAACAAAACUUUUGUUCUGACUGCCAUGGAGAGRCUGCAGCACAAAAACUGGAGGAGACGUUCUUCACCAAUCUAAGUUUUACUAGUUGUCUCGUAUCUGUCCAUUUCUGAAAAAUAUUUGAACAGAUUUUGUUGUAUCAGACUUUUUUUCUUUUAAAUAAAUUGUUUUUAUGUGAC